AUGCCAACCGAAGAAUUCACCAAGUUGUGCGGUGCCAGAGUUAGAAGAAGAUUCUCCAGAGGAUUGGGAUCCAAGCCUAUGGGUUUGAUCAACAAAUUGAGAGCCGCCAAGUUGGCUACCGAGCCAAAUGAGAAGCCUGCUGUCGUCAAGACCCACUUGAGAAACAUGAUUGUUGUGCCAGAAAUGAUCGGAUCUGUUGUUGGUGUGUACAACGGUAAGGUUUUCAACACCGUUGAGAUCAAACCAGAGAUGGUUGGCCACUACUUGGGUGAAUUCUCCAUCACCUACACUCCAGUCAGACACGGUAGAGCCGGUAACGCUUCUGCCAGAUUCAUCCCAUUGAGAUAG